AGAAUGAGCGCUCUGCACAAUCUAGUCAGGAACAACCAAAAUUCAACAGUUGAACGCAUAUUGGAAGGCGCGCUGCGCAUUAGGAAACGAAGUGAACCCGAAGCGCAGAAGCUGCUACCUGACUUCAUCGACAAAAAAGAUGCACAUGGGAGGACCGCGUUACAUCUAGCUGCGUACCAAGGCAAUGCACAUAUAGUGUCCCUUCUUCUACAAUAUGGCGCUUCGGUACACGCCGUAGCGCAGGAUUCCACAACUGCACUCCACUUCGCAUCGCAACAGGGCCACUUGAACGUAGUCACACAGCUCAUAAAGAAGGGAGCUAGAGUCAAUGUGAAGACAUCAAAAACAUGGAUGACACCACUACAUAUGGCGCUGUCAAAGGGACACAUAAAUGUUGCCGUCGAACUAAUUAAAAAGGGUGCCGUGCAGAAAUAUAAUUCGAAGGGUAUCUUGCCAUUAGACAUGGUAUCUGAAGAAGUGGAAUCAUCCCUAGAAGAAGCGCUAGGAAACGAAGCAAUGGAACGCCUGAGGGAUGUACAGGAUACACCAAAGGAAGUAAAACCACCAGUAGCUUUCUAUAAUCGCAAAAAAGGAAAGAAGAAUAAAGAGGUGUACACAGAAAAAGGUGCUACAGACAAUAACACACAAACAGAGAUUAAUAAAGAAAACUGAC